AUGUCGACACUCAAAUCCAGACGUCACCAGAUAACGAUGACGUCUCUACCGAGGUCUCCCCCGCCCACCAGAGUACCGAGGUCUCCCCCGCCCACCAGAGUACCGAGGUCUCCCCCGCCCACCAGAGUACCGAGGUCUCCCCCGCCCACCAGGGUACCGAGGUCUCCCCCGCCCACCAGAGUACCAAGGUCUCCCCCGCCCACCAGAGUACCGAGGUCUCCCCCGCCCACCAAGAGUACCGAGGUCUCCCCCGCCCACCAAGAGUACCGAGGUCUCCCCCGCCCACCAAGAGUACCGAGGUCUCCCCCGCCCACCAAGAGUACCGAGGUCUCCCCCGCCCACCAAGAGUACCGAGGUCUCCCCCGCCCACCAAGAGUACCGAGGUCUCCCCCGCCCACCAAGAGUACCGAGGUCUCCCCCGCCCACCAAGAGUACCGAGGUCUCCCCCGCCCACCAGAGUACCGAGGUCUCCCCCGCCCACCAGAGUACCGAGGUCUCCCCCGCCCACCAAGAGUACCGAGGUCUCCCCCGCCCACCAAGAGUACCGAGGUCUCCCCCGCCCACCAGAGUACCGAGGUCUCCCCCGCCCACCAGAGUACCGAGGUCUCCCCCGCCCACCAAGAGUACCGAGGUCUCCCCCGCCCACCAAGAGUACCGAGGUCUCCCCCGCCCACCAAGAGUACCGAGGUCUCCCCCGCCCACCAAGAGUACCGAGGUCUCCCCCGCCCACCAGAGUACCGAGGUCUCCCCCGCCCACCAGAGUACCGAGGUCUCCCCCGCCCACCAAGAGUACCGAGGUCUCCCCCGCCCACCAAGAGUACCGAGGUCUCCCCCGCCCACCAGAGUACCGAGGUCUCCCCCGCCCACCAGAGUACCGAGGUCUCCCCCGCCCACCAAGAGUACCGAGGUCUCCCCCGCCCACCAAGAGUACCGAGGUCUCCCCCGCCCACCAAGAGUACCGAGGUCUCCCCCGCCCACCAAGAGUACCGAGGUCUCCCCCGCCCACCAAGAGUACCGAGGUCUCCCCCGCCCACCAAGAGUACCGAGGUCUCCCCCGCCCACCAAGAGUACCGAGGUCUCCCCCGCCCACCAGAGUACCGAGGUCUCCCCCGCCCACCAGAGUACCGAGGUCUCCCCCGCCCACCAAGAGUACCGAGGUCUCCCCCGCCCACCAAGAGUACCGAGGUCUCCCCUGCCCACCAGAGUACCGAGGUCUCCCCCGCCCACCAGAGUACCGAGGUCUCCCCCGCCCACCAAGAGUACCGAGGUCUCCCCCGCCCACCAAGAGUACCGAGGUCUCCCCCGCCCACCAAGAGUACCGAGGUCUCCCCCGCCCACCAAGAGUACCGAGGUCUCCCCCGCCCACCAGAGUACCGAGGUCUCCCCCGCCCACCAGAGUACCGAGGUCUCCCCCGCCCACCAAGAGUACCGAGGUCUCCCCCGCCCACCAAGAGUACCGAGGUCUCCCCCGCCCACCAAGAGUACCGAGGUCUCCCCCGCCCACCAGAGUACCGAGGUCUCCCCCGCCCACCAGAGUACCGAGGUCUCCCCCGCCCACCAAGAGUACCGAGGUCUCCCCCGCCCACCAGAGUACCGAGGUCUCCCCCGCCCACCAGAGUACCGAGGUCUCCCCCGCCCACCAAGAGUACCGAGGUCUCCCCCGCCCACCAAGAGUACCGAGGUCUCCCCCGCCCACCAAGAGUACCGAGGUCUCCCCCGCCCACCAGAGUACCGAGGUCUCCCCCGCCCACCAAGAGUACCGAGGUCUCCCCCGCCCACCAGAGUACCGAGGUCUCCCCCGCCCACCAGAGUACCGAGGUCUCCCCCGCCCACCAGAGUACCGAGGUCUCCCCCGCCCACCAAGAGUACCGAGGUCUCCCCCGCCCACCAGAGUACCGAGGUCUCCCCCGCCCACCAAGAGUACCGAGGUCUCCCCCGCCCACCAGAGUACCGAGGUCUCCCCCGCCCACACCACCGAGAAUACAAUAA